AAAGGAGAAGUUGGCCGGCCCCACUUGCAAAACGGAACGAACUCAGUUACAGUCACUGCUUCACUGAGUCAGCUCGCUCUGUUCAAAAGGGAGGGAAAUCAAACCUAAAGCCCUAAAACCAGAGCAGAGUCUCUCUCUCUCUCUCUAUCUAUUUCUGUCUCCGUAGAAUCGUGGAGUAUGUUGUCGUAUAUUUCAUUUGUUUAGUUUGAUUCCGAAGAAGUGGACGAUUAGUUGUAAACUUUGAGCUUGUCUAUGGCGAGGCUUCUUCGUAACACUUCUCUUCUGAAACGUUCUCUAUCCGCGACAGAGGUAUUUAGGAGAGGCAUACCGGGGACAUCUACUCAGUGUUGCUAUUUUUCUUCCAAAGGUAAAAGGAGAUCGAAGUCCGAUGGAAGUGACUCCAGUGAAGAAAAUUUGUCAAAGAGAGAGUUAGCUUUGCGGCAAGCCCUGGAUCAGAUAACUUCCUCAUUUGGAAAGGGAUCAAUCAUGUGGCUUGGUCGGUCUGCUUCUGCUAGAAGCGUUCCAGUUGUGUCCACUGGUUCUUUUGCUCUGGAUAUAGCGCUGGGAAUUGGUGGACUUCCAAAGGGACGUGUUAUAGAGAUAUAUGGUCCAGAGGCUUCUGGAAAAACAACUCUUGCUUUGCAUGUAAUAGCUGAAGCACAGAAGCAAGGAGGUUACUGUGUUUUUGUUGAUGCUGAACAUGCUCUUGAUCCUGCACUAGCACAGGCUAUUGGGGUAAACACUGAGAAUCUGCUUCUCUCGCAACCUGAUUGUGGUGAACAAGCUCUCAGUCUUGUGGACACUCUAAUCCGAAGUGGUUCAGUUGAUGUUGUUGUUGUUGACAGUGUAGCUGCCCUUGUGCCUAAAGGUGAACUUGAUGGUGAGAUGGGUGAUGCUCAUAUGGCCAUGCAGGCUAGACUGAUGAGCCAGGCACUUCGCAAGUUGAGCCACUCCUUAUCGCAGUCACAGACAAUAUUGAUAUUCAUAAAUCAGGUGAGAAGUAAGCUUUCUACCUUUGGAGGAUUUGGUAUGCCCACUGAAGUUACUUGUGGUGGCAAUGCUUUGAAGUUCUAUGCUUCAGUGCGCCUAAAUAUCAGGAGAACAGGCCUUGUCAAGAAGGGGGAAGAGACCUUAGGGAGUCAAGUUCUCGUGAAGAUUGUCAAGAAUAAACUUGCUCCUCCCUUUAGAACAGCUCAAUUCGAACUUGAGUUUGGUAAAGGAAUAUGUCGGGAAUCGGAGAUUAUAGAAUUGGGAAUAAAGCAAAAAUUCAUCUCUAAGGCGGGUUCGCAUUAUGGAUUCAAUGGCAGUAGUUUCCAUGGAAAGGAUGCUUUGAAAAGGUAUUUGUCUGAAAAUGAUAGUGCACGGGAAGAACUUACAAUGAAGCUUAGGGAGAAGCUACUAAAUGCUGAAACAGAAAAGGAAGCAGAAACAGCAGAUAUAACGUCUGUAGAAGGUGGGGGGCUUAAUGAGGAAACUGUUUCGGCUGGUUCUAGUGAUGAAGAAACAGUUGCUGCAGUUGAAGUAUAGGCAACCAAGUUUUUUCAUGUCUUUCUUCGCUGGUUCAUAGCUCCUGCUACUGCCUUUCUCGAUGAACCACAUUAUAUUGGCAAGAUUACACAACAGAUGGAAGGCGUCCCUGUAAUAUUCAAGUAGCUGAUCGGUUUGAAAUUUUUUUGUUUUUCAGUCCUAUCAUUCAAGUUUUGUGCCUAUGGGCCCCGUUUGAAUCACAAAAGGAAAUUUCAUAUUAAAUAUAUAUUUCUCUUUAUAUUGA